CUUGUGUAUUCCUCUCAUUUCACGUUUCGCCAUCUUCCAAGCCAGCCACCCACUUAUUUAAUCCUUCUCAUUCCCAGUGGAUAGAAAAAUGCGUGCAACGACCCUGUCAACCAUUGUGAUUUCAUUACUGGCCACAAUCGCAAAUUGUGAAAUCAACCAACCUCUCAAUGAAACUGGGUUGGAUCCAUCCAACACAAAAUACAAUGCUUUUAACCCGGAAUGGCCCGACUCAAAUAAUUUUAAAGUUGCAAUCUACAAUUACCAAACGACCUACUGGGUUUUCCACUACCAGAAUGGGACAGAUGAUUACAUCGGGCAACGGUGGGGUUGUAAUACGCAAUCUCUUUGUCAGUGGUAUGUUCAUAAAGAUACCGCUGUCUUAGGCCGGUAUCGCCGCUUUCAAAACGUGGCAACCGGAUACUGCCUUCGUGUCGGGGAUGGUACUCUAAACUGCGCCAAUGCCAACGCCAUCCCAAACAAUACCCCGAUUACGCCAGCCACCUGCAAAUCGUAUGCGGAAGACAACUGCCAAUAUUUUUCCCAAGGCGGCCACUACAUUUCGAGCAAUCAAUAUGUAAGUUUCAUAAUUUGGUUGUAA